AAGAGGGGGGGGGAAGAAAAGCUAGCUGAACUUAGAGUUUACACAAAUCAUUUUGUCACCAGCAAGCUCUGACAAGCGUUGGGAGAGAGAGUGCUUGCUGAGAGAGAGAGAGUGUGAGGAACGGGAAAAGAAAGAGAGAGGGUCAAUUAGAGAUAGUGUGUAAAAGCUGUUCUGUCCGGAGCGGGAAUACAAGAAGACGAGAAAAGGUGUGAAGUGUGUUCAAGUGAAGGGGCAGCCACUCAGGACCGGAGAAACGAGGCAGACUCGGGGGAAACGAGGCAGACUCGGGGGCAGAGGACGACAAAAGACACUUUGCAAUUUGAUCACCAGCGCAGUGUGAAGUGAGAGUGCUUGUAACUCUUCACUCCGGUUUUACCGAGCUACUGCGGCUGUGUCUCAAUGUAGGCUCUGGUGGAUCCCCUCACCAAGGACGUGCGGCGUACAUCUCUUCUGUCUUCUCCCAGGAUUGGGCGGAGGCUGCUCUGUUCUUCACAUACAGUUGCUCUUAGUUUGCUGACGGAGACCCGCUUGGAAGACUCUUCUGAUCUCGGUGCUUGCCGUUGUGAGAACCAGUGUUUCUGUUAAUGCUCUCCUUGACCCUCUAUCUGAUCGACUCAAGGCUGACUCAUUCCCGCUGGGAAAUCUAUCUUUUGGGCACAGGAAACAAGAGAUCAUCUGAUGGAGCUUCAGAAGGAAACAUAAGAGCACACUGUUUUUUGUCUUUUGGAAAGUUUUAGAAAAGAUCCCCUUUAGACUAUUUGUGUACAGCGUGUACAUGUUUGGGUUGUCUAAAUAACAGGUGUGUAAAAUAGUUAAAACAGCCAUACAGAGGUCAAGAGGGUGGAGCAGAGAUAUUAAUCACCCAGCUUUGAGGUGAGUCAGUGAUUGAGAGUUGGGUUCUCAUACAGCAGCGCAUGUAUUUGACUACAGCGAAACAGGACUGGAAUUAUCCCGAAGAGAAACCAGAUAGACUCUCUGUGUUGCCAUCACCGUAGGGACCAGUCAGAGUCAGUCGUUUUUGUCCCGUAGGUCUAACAGGCUCUGUGCCUCAGUGGCCCCUCAGUUCUGUUUGGCUUGGACUCAAUGUCAGCAUCAUAACGCACUCACCCAGAGCUGAGUCAGAAGCUGUCUCACUGAGCGUGUCUGUCUGCGGGAUUCUCCCCACCUGGCUCCUCCUGUCCACGGUGAUUUCCAGAGCAGCAGUGACAACAGCGGCAGCAGUAUUAUCAGCUCCCAGCGCCACAGUGCUGUAAUUGUGUUCUGUGGGCUAUAAACACCUUGCGUCAGUCGCACCUCUCUCCUGAGUGAUUCACUGUUCCCUCCAGAGCACUUGGACAGAGAGAGAGAGAGAGGGCGAGAGAGAGAGGGCGAGAGAGAGAGGGCAAGAGAGAGAGAGGGAGAGGAAGGUGUAGAGCUGUUGACCACUGAAGCACAGAGCCACUGAGCUGACAAGCAGAGACGGGCGACCAUGAGGCUGGCAUGCUUGGCGCUGAUGGCGCUGUGUGCGGUAGGCAGCGUUGGCAGCAUGUCCACCUGUAAGACCCUGGACCUUGAGCUGGUGAAGAAGAAGCGGAUCGAGGCCAUCAGGGGCCAGAUCCUCAGCAAGCUGCGUCUGCCCAAGGAGCCCGAGGUGGAUAAGGAGGCGGAGGGAGAGGAGAUCCCGGCCUCGCUGGUCUCCCUCUACAACAGCACGGAGGAGAUGAUCAAGGAGCACCAGGCCCAAACCUUCUCGCCCCAGCUGGAGGAGGAAGAGUACUUCGCCAAGCAACCGCACAAGUUCUUCAUGAAAACAGCGGGCGGAAGCAGCACGGAGCAGCAGCACCAGUUGCUGUUCAACAUCACCGACAUGCGUGAGAACGUGGGGGACGCCGACCUUCUGUCCAGCGCCGAGCUCCGUCUGCUCAUCAAGAAGCCCAACAUCGUGGAGGAGCAGAGGCUGGAGCUGUACCAGGGCCUGGGGCCCAAUGCCCGAUACCUCGACUCACGCUUUGUCUCCAACUCCUUGAAGGACCGCUGGCUGGCCUUCGAUGUCACACAGACCCUCAAGGACUGGCUGCAGGGCUCUGCGGAGGAGGAAGGCUUACUGCUGAAAUUGUACUGCGAAUGUGGGAAACCGGUGGACAGCUUCCACUUCACCAUCUCUGGCAUGCCAGGGAGCGAGAGAGGAGACCAGGCCAACAUGGCCAAGCGCAUGCAGAAACCCCACAUCCUGACCAUGUCCAUUCCACUGAACAGCAGCAGUCAUCUCACCUCGCGCAAGAAACGAGCCACCACAACAGAAGACACCUGCACAGAAAGGACAGAGAACUGUUGCGUAAGGAAGCUGUACAUCGACUUCCGGAGAGAUCUGGGCUGGAAGUGGAUUCACAAACCAAAGGGUUACCAUGCCAACUACUGCAUGGGCUCAUGCACCUACAUCUGGAAUGCUGAGAACAAAUAUUCUCAGAUCUUGGCCUUGUACAAACACCACAAUCCUGGAGCGUCUGCCCAGCCCUGUUGUGUUCCUCAGGUUCUGGACCCACUGCCAAUUCUCUACUAUGUGGGGAGACAACACAAGGUGGAACAGCUGUCCAACAUGAUUGUGAGGUCCUGCAAGUGUAGCUAGAAGCCCUGGGAGGUGUCCUUCACAAGCUCUCUGUCUCCAGAACACAAAUCUCAUGUGGGAGAAUGCAGAGAGGAAGAGGAGCGAGCAAGGAUGGAUGAAUGUGGAGUGAAAACGGAAAUGGGUGGACAUCAUCUGUAUCAGCUACGUCUUAGUAGACCUGCCCUACCUGCAGUAGACCAGACUUAUUUAUUCUGCUUUGUUGGACGAAGAAAGGACAAUGACUUUUACACAGAUAUUUUAUAUGUUUACAUAUGAAAUAUCAUGAAUAUAUGCUUUUAAAAUUCUAAAUAUAUUUCAUUGACUGAAUUUAUUUAUUUGUUACUUUGGACAGAUCUUGAUUUGUUGUGAUGCAGUAACGUGUGAGCAAGGACAUAUGGGUUUAGACUACCUUUAGAACAAGGGCAAUGGGAAGAGGACUGGCCUAGAAGCCAACAGGACCAAAAUGUAACCCGAGGACCUUACCCACAGCUGUCUGUUCAGGACUCUCAAACCAACAGACGAACUGUCACCACAGAGCCCUGUUGUGUCGCCCAUGCGUGAGAGGACACCAAACCACACGUUCGUAUGAAAGACGCAGGACAUUUGCUGAAGGUGGUGGUGAGUCACAGGACAGAAGGGUGGUGGUUUUCUUUUCCUGGUCCUUCCCUGACCUCCGUCCCUGCCUCCUCCCUGCCUCCCCUGCCUCCUCCCCUGCACCAGGUGUUCCUGUGGAAGACAUCCAUCACCAGCAGCCCACAGAGACUGUCCCUGCGCUGAGGUGACUCCUUGCAAGGCUAACGCUGGUGACCAGCAUUGGUCAUUGUCCAAUUGUCCUUUGGUCUCAUUCGAAUCGUCCAUCACUUAGACCAGUAUUAGCCAACAUGCCUUUCAAAAAGCUCUUUUGUCUGCGAGCUUGUGUCACGUCUUUGACUGCUGGCGUGUUCUCUGGAGAGCUUGUGCGCUGUUGAAGCCGUGAGUAAUAUCGGUGGUUGUUUUAGUGGUGGCACCAUGUUUUUUCCCCUCUGGUUCAGCCUGUUUAUGUUUUUAGAGGGAUAGGGGGGAUGUGGUUGUGGUGUUGAUGUUAAGGGAGCACCAUUGACUUUAUGUACACAAUUGCUGUUUUUCAUUGCUGUUGUAAAUUAGGAACAAUUUAUUGGCAUUUUAUUUAAGUACAAAGUAGACUUUUUAUGUCUUAAUUCCUUGUUUUUAGAGUGGUUCUCUUUGCACAUUCCAUUUCAAGAGAAGGUGAAAACAGCCUUUUCAAUAUCUCACUUUCAGCAAUGAGCUUACACAAUUCUGUCUUUAAAUUUGCACUUAUUUUUGUCAUUCUCAUUUCACUGUAAAUAUAUUUUUGGCAACUUGAAAUAAACAUUAACGUUGUUAAUUUA